AUGUCAGAGGUUAAUUACAAUUCUAAUGAAGCUACACUGAUGGCCACUAUGAAGGAUCGAUGUAAUACGGUGAACAUGUUUGAAUUCAUCUACCACUUUGCCUAUGUGCAUGAAUGUGCCAAGAGUGUGACGAGCAACCGACACGGCCCAGCGAUCGCCAUGAGGACAGCGCUAGUGACUUUAGUGCUGCUGGUGGCAGCGGCGGCGGCGCAGCGGCGCCCCGGGCGCUUCUACAGCCUGGACGACAUGCCGGAGACCAGCUUCGACUGUCGCGACAAGAUCCUAGGUGGCUACUACGCAGACCUGGAGACGGACUGCCAGAUGUUCCACGUGCAGAACUACAGGUUCCUCUGCCCGAACGAAACGUCCUUCGACCAAGAAAAUCAAAUUUGUGCCAACUGGUACGACGUGGACUGCGAGGCAGGCACUUUGUUCUACAGCGACAACUUUGACCUCUACCGCAUAGGGUACGAGCCGGGCAGCCAGCGCGCCGUGCCGGCCACGGCCAUCCCUCUGGGGCCGUCGACGGCGGCGCCGCCCGUGGUGGGCCCCGCCCCGCGCCGCCCCGGUCCCCGCCCGCGCCCGCGCCCCAGCGCCCGUCCCAGCACCGCCAGCUUCUCCAACGCCCGCCCCGACGAGGAGGAGGACUACUUCCUGCAGCGCAGCGAGACCGGCGACCGCCGCCUCCAGCAGCAGCCCGCCGCCUCCGGAUCCGACCUGCUUAGGGGCAGCAGCAGCGGCAACUUCUUCUCGAAGAGCCGCGGCAAGGACGACGACGAGGCGGCGGCGGCGACCCUCAGCCCGCAGACGGCCAAGAAGAAGGUGGCGGUGCGCAAGUUCCGCAAGCGCCCCGGCCAGGAGACCACCACGCCCACGCCCACCACCGCCUCCGAGGCCUACUCCCAGAGCUACGACGACGCGCAGUAUAACACCAAACAGUACAACGACAACCAGUACACCUCCAACACUCGUCAGUACAACAAUAACAACCAAUACACCUCCAACACUCGCCAAUACAACAAUAACAACAACCAGUACAGCAACAACAAUAAUAAUAACAACAACCAGUACAACGACCAAUACAACGGCAACACCAGACAGUACAACAACAACAACAACAACAACCAGUACAGCACUACUGGUAACCAAUAUAACACCGGCAGCACCAGCAACGGAUUCUCGAGCCCGUCGACAACCGUCGCCCCUACCGCGGCACGCGGUAGUUCCAACAACUACUUGCCUCGCUACAACACGAUCCAGAGGAACGCGGCGUCCCCCAGCACCACCCAGGCCCCUUACACUGAGUCGCGCGCCGCCACCUACGAUGCCUCCACUGGAAGCCAGAGCAACACCUAUUAUAACAACAACAACAACAACAACCGCAACACCGCUGACACUACCACUUAUGCCACGACACCUGCGCCCACCAACUUUUACAACCAGCGGAAAUUCGGCUCCAGCAACAACUACGAUUCUUCCAGCUCGACUGCAUACUCCACAACCACAGCGUACCCCACGAGCAACAAUAAUGAUUACUACAAUAACAACAAUUAUAACAAUGGAAACUAUUAUGAUAAUAACAAUUCCAACAAUAAUGGCAACUACAAUAGCGGUAACUACAAUAACGCUAAUACCAAUACCAAUGCUAAUAACUAUGAUGACGGUAGCUACAACAAUGGAAAUUACAAUAAUGGCAACUACAAUAACAACUACAACUCCGCACAGCGCUCCACUACCAGGAAGGAAACUCCUAAAACUACUCAGUACUAUCCCACAACUACUGUAGCCCCGUCCACUUACCGCCAAACUAACUACCAGAGCUACAGCCAAAGCCAGUCGACCACCAGCCGCCCUGCUGUUACCAACUACGACAACUACCAGCGCACCAGCAGCGAGGAGUACGCCAGCUACAACCCUGACAACUACGACUCCCGGAAAACUACUGGUUCUUACAACGCCGAGAACGCUUACGGCGAAUACAGAGAGUCCGAGAAUAAGGACGAAUCUUUGAAGACCGCCCCAAGCACUAACUAUCGCCCCAGCAGCUUCAACACCUACCAAAGCAGCUACUCCGCCAACGGUAAUACAAAGACCUCCACUGCGCCCAAGAACUACCAGUACAACUCCACUACCACCACCAACAGUUUCACCAGCAAGCAGACCGGCAGCUCGUACUACAGCAGCGUGACACCCCGAAGCUACUCGAGCGCCUCAACGGCGACCUACACGGGCAGACAAGCGUCUCCCUCCACCACCACAACAGCCGGCCCUAGCUCUUACAGCGGCGGCAGCAGCAACUACUACCAGAACUCGUCUCCGAAGCCCUUCUCAGCGUCCAGGUCCGCGGCGUCGAGCACAGCAAGGCCGGUGUCCGUCACCCCCGGAGCGUCCACGGUGACCGGCGCGCAAGCCAAGGGGGAGACCAAGGCCGCCAACUCCAAGAAGAACGACUACGACUACGCGUACUACGACGAUAAGGAACCAGAGUACGAGGGCGUCGACCCCAUCAGUGACCACCAUUUCGGCAAGGGAGACGAGUCUUUAAGGGUACCCAAGGCCGCGAAGGCGUAAAGGGCUGAGAGACUGAGCGGCUGAAGUUUGGAAGUAGGAUUGAGUUAUGCCGUUGCGUCGGUCGACAAAAAUCAAAUUUCAUCAGCGUCAAAUUGUGGAGUUGUUGGAAAGAACUUUUUUAUGAUGGUACCUUAGCUGGGUAAGAGCGUGUUCAUAGGAGUGAAUGAGAAUACUCGCACAUUAUUCUUGUGUCAUAUCGUGGCAGGAAAAUUCUGUCUCUCGACGUCCUUUUCACAUAACGCAAUUGCUUGUAUUUCGUCGUAAAAUUUGUCAACAUGUAGGGAAUAGUGCCAGUAAAAACCCUUGCGCGUUAGUAACUCAAUGCAAUGCCGAAGCAGCUGUUCAAUAUUAGAUGUAAGUCAUUUUAUGUGGUCGCCAAAAACAUAAAUUGAUAUUUGCAAUGCAGUCCCCGAAGUUGGUACUACUGUCAGUAAACAAAUUGGAUUGACUAAAAUUUUUAGAAAAUAUAUUUUUUUUCUUGAAUCAUGUUCGAUCGUACGAAAACUUAUAAUAUAGCCAGUCAGCAUCCUUCAUAAAUUUUUUCCCUUUAAUAUUGUUCAUUUUUAUGAAUCUAAAAAGUGCAUGAAACUAGGCAUUCAAUACUCGUUUGCACAACCGGUUUACUGCUUCGAAUUUCAAUGCUAUUUGCGAACCCAGUUACGAGAGAAAGUGCUAUUACACAACGAUAAUUUGUUUGGUUAGCUCUUCAUUCACACACAUCUGCAGAAAGGUCAAUUGCUGUCUCUGCAGAUUACGAAACAGUGAGAAAGUUGUCAAGAUUACACUGUUUGUAGUGCGUCACUUCCGGGCCCAUCAACAG